CACGCUGCCAACCAUAGACAAAAGAGGGAGGAAGUUUGUGAAUGAUCGAUUUUACGCCGGCCUCCUGAACCUCUCAACGACAUUUUUCUUUGUUUGCCGUAACGCGUGUGGACAAUAUCAACUGUAGCCGUGAAUCCGCGUACACAUCAAUAAAAUGGCGAACACGUUUCGCGCGGUGACGGUGUCGACGGUGAGUGGCGAGGGCGCGCUCACAGCGCGCUUCAAUUUUCCUACAAACGUAAACGUGGAUUACGACCCGCAAGGGCUGAGUGUAAAAGUGAUUCGUGCGGACCCGGUACUGGCACAGGAGGUGCUCGAGUUUCCCGUGCACAGUCAGAGUGAGUGUUCGCGUGUCGCAGGCCAAUCGUACAUAUUCACGAUCGACAAUGAAACGCUAUUCUUCAAGUUCGCGUCUGACGCCGACUGUCAAGCCUUCCACCUGCUUGUUACAAAGACGAAGGCAGGCAGGUCAUCGUCGGUGUUUACGGUGCGUACGGAGGAUUCAUCGGCGAUGCAGUACUUCCAGUUUUAUGGUUACUUGAGCCAGCAGCAGAACAUGAUGCAAGAUUACGUGCGGACCAGCACGUACCAGCGCGCCAUACUCUCGAACAUCAAUGACUUCAAGAAUAAAGUAGUACUAGACGUGGGAGCGGGCUCUGGUAUUCUCUCGUUCUUCGCUGCACAAGCGGGAGCUCGCAAAGUGUACGCGGUGGAAGCUAGUAACAUGGCUCACCACGCGCAGGCGUUAGUCAGGGCCAAUGGUCUCCACGACCGCAUCACUGUAGUUGCGGGUAAGAUUGAAGAAAUUGAGCUCCCUGAGAGUGUAGAUGUAAUUAUUUCGGAGCCCAUGGGCUACAUGUUAUACAAUGAACGUAUGUUGGAGACGUACCUACACGCCAAGAAGUGGCUGAAACCCAACGGUAACAUGUACCCCACGAGAGGAGACCUGCACAUAGCACCCUUCACUGACGAUGCUUUGUUUAUGGAACAAUACAACAAGGCCAACUUCUGGUACCAGACAUGCUUCCAUGGUGUGGACUUGAGUGCAUUGCGCACUGCAGCCAUGAAGGAGUACUUUAGACAGCCCAUUGUAGACACAUUUGACAUUCGUAUUUGUAUGGCUCGGUCAGAACGACAUGUUGUGGAUUUCUUGAAUGCUCAUGAGACAGACUUACAUAGAAUUGAAAUUCCAUUCAGAUUUGAGCUCACACAGUCGGGUACGUGCCACGGGCUGGCAUUUUGGUUCGAUGUUCUGUUUGCUGGUGCCACGCAACAUAUUUGGUUGUCGACUGCACCCACAGAGCCACUUACACAUUGGUAUCAAGUCCGAUGCCUCUUAGAGACACCUAUUUUCGCAAAACAAGGCCAAGCACUCACAGGCCGUGUAUUGCUGCUUGCAAACAAACGUCAGAGUUAUGAUGUUACAAUGGAGAUCAAUCUAGAAGGCACAAAUAUCUCAUCAUCCAAUACUCUGGAUCUGAAGAACCCAUACUUCAGAUAUACGGGCGCGCCGGCGGCGCCGCCUCCUGGUGUGAACAGCAGCUCGCCUAGUGAAACAUACUGGAAUUCUAUUGAGUCAACUGCCUCAUUGAGCAAUGGACAAGGAGUGAUGCUAACUGAUGGAACCCAGCAGUAUUGCUCUACACCUGACCAGACCAUUGCUUAUGGAACACACCCCAACAUGAUCAAAACAGUGAUGCUGCAGGAGGAGUUCAUCAAGAGGAUCGGGAUAAGUCAAAAUGGGGACAUAUAAUCCGAGAGGUCGCGCCGAGCGCGCCUUAGGGCAAUAAGGAACCGCCGUAAUCGGUUGUGAACUAUCUUCCGUUCAGACUUUAUAGUGUGUAAGCAGACUUAUUUAUUAUAAUACAUCACAGUGACACAAUCAUGUAACUAGAGACUCUGCUGGCCUUGUAAAUUAAGUAAAAAGUGAAAUGGUAAUCAAAGGCAAUAAGUUUAAGCCUUCUCUGUGAAUUGUUUAGUUUUUGGCGGAACCAACGCUUAUUAGUGUAAUUUAACACACAUAGAAAGUGAAAUUCUGAUGUAAAUAUUCUAUAUUGGGAAGUGAAUCGGCGAGACUGGCCAGGCUAAAUGCCUCUCGAGCAAGGCAGCUCUGCGGCUAGAAAUUGUACUAUUAAUUUAGUCCAAGUACAUUUAGGAUAAGCAAUAAGUGCUGAAUUUAAAUGAUAAUGCUUAUCAUUGUCAAUACUCAUUUAUCAUUAUUGGAGUCAGGCUCAAUCAUUAGUUAGGUAGACGCAGCCAGUGUUAACCAGUCCAAUGAUACCUUCUGUCUGCCAGUCAACUCUAGAGAUCGCAAUUUAUGAAAAUUUACUUCCGUCAAAUAUUUUUAUACACUGCACUUUAGCCAUAGAAUGUGUAAAAAUAAAAAUCCUUUUUGUAAAUAUAGGAUAAAGUGAUCAAUUCUUUUUCUGGAACAUUGAUAUUGAGCAAAUAAUCAGUAUUGCAUAUGUUGUAAUUACUUGAUAAAACUUAUGAAUGCUAUGAAUUUUGUACUGUAAGACUUAAAACUAGUAAUGUGGGUCAGGAUCUGCUAUUUUUCAUUGUAGUAACAUUGGUGCUUGAUCCUCCAUUGCACAAAAAUAGAUCAGACAACAUGACUACCUCAUGAUUUGGCAGACAAUUGGAUCUCUAACAUGUGUCUGAGAUUGCAAGCAAACUCAUUUUAUUAACUUGUGAACAUAAGCAAUUUACAUUUGACACCAAAAUAAGUUAGAUAAAUAAAAUGUACUUAGAGUUAGUCAUGAGUUUGCUUGCAAAACUCGUAGCUUAGAAAAUUACAUGACAAUUUUGUAUCAUGAAGAUCACAUUGAGUUGCCAUAAUAGCUCUGGGUAGAAGUGGAAUGAAACAUGUUCAGCAAUAUUAAAUAGACUGAAAUAUAACUAAAUAAUUAAUCAUUAACUAUGUAUGUGAAACACAAUUAUGUAAUAAUAUUUUCAUGCAUGUUCAAUAAAAUGAUGGUUUGUCUGGAAACCCACAAAUAAAUUCUUGAUGUUUUUGAAUUGAUUUUGAACUUAUUACUAGAGCAAGAGGAUUGAAUCUUAUUGAUGUUUGAUUUUCUAUGAACCCAAAAUUCUUUAUGUGAUAAUUAAUUUACCAGCUUAGGAGUAAGUUUUCGUGGAUAUAAAACUCAGAUACUUAUAUUCUUUUAUGAAGUGAUAAUCAAGGUGUCUAAUUAAUUCAGUGACUAGCAAGCUUCGUGUAAUUAGCAUGUUCAUAAAAGUGCCUAACCAGUUCAUUCCUCUUGUAUUCAGAGCGCUAGUAUUUUUUCACGUUAGAUUUUCUGGCAACAUAACGUAAGUAUUGCGCGGGCGGGGGAUAAAAAUGUAAGUGCUUUCAAUGUCUUGUAGUUAAUCUAUAUGACUAGGUGCUGUAAAAGGCGCUGUAUAAUAAAUAUAAGGUAAUUAUAGCCAACAUUUUUAAAUAGGGACUUGAUUGAGAGACAGUUUUUUACUAAAAUUCAAUUAAAAAUGCGAUGACGUAAAAUACGUCGUAAAAAGGCGGGAAAAAUGACAGUCCCUGAAUAAAAAAGUAAGUCAUAUUUUUUUUAAUUAUAAUUAUCGCCUUGGUAUAAUGGCGAUUAGACCCCGUCCCGCGGCAUUGAUAUUUAGUACCUACGAAGCCAAUAUCACUUGCCAUUUAACGAAAUUCACCUUUGUUUUACGAAUAUCGUAGAGUCUAUAUUCCCUUGGCUAAUUAGGUGUUAGGCCACUAAUUAGAGUAACACCGAUGUUAGAUCAGUGAGCUAAAAAUGAAAAUUUAAUUGAAACGAAUUGAAAUGAAUUUGUUUUGAUGCAUUGGGGCUGUGUGGCGAUACUUACUAAUAGAAUGUUGAGAGAUGACUAAGCUCAUGACGGUAAACGUUUGAGGAGUAGGUAGGUGUAAACUUUUUAUGCCAUUUUCUCCAACCACCCCUAACUAAAAGUUACUUAGCGUGACGAAGCACCUAGACUACCCCUUGUUCUGAGGGCUUAGUAUUAGCAUAUUAUUCUGUGGUAUUAGUUUGUUUUUCGUUGAACGAGAUUGAAACGAGAGCGCGUUCGGCGCUUUGAUUGGCGGGAAUGAACGAGAAUGAACCAACCAAUCACAGCGCCGAAAAUGCUCUCGUAUCAUUUUAGUUCAACGUGAAACAAAUUCGUACUAAGGUACUGUUGAGUGUCACUUAUAGAUUGAUAAAAACCAAAAUGUUAAGAGUCACCUUAGCUUGGGGGUUACUUAAAAUUUAGGAGAGGUUCUUGAAAACUGGCAUUAGUUUACUAACGAAGUGAUAUUACUGAAAUUAUCAAUACCCUUAGAACAAGUUUGCUUUACGUUUAAGAAGAUCGAACCAAGAGCCCGUUCGGCGCUCCGAUUGGUUGGCUCAUUCGCGCCGGCCAAUCAGAGCCAAACGCUCUCGUUUCAUUUUCGUUCAACGUAAAGCAAACUCGUUCUAAGGGUACAGUUAUUCGUGUAUUAUAAUUUAGUUUAAAGCCGUUUAGAAUAAGAUGGUAAUAGUCUAAUGUAUGAAUAACGGUCUAAUCACUGGCUUAUGAACGUAAUUCUAGGUAAACCAUGUUUGGUGAACCGACGCUUAGGUAAUUAUGCUAGAUAAAUAGUACCUACCAUGUCAUAUAACUUAUCAAGUGUAUUUAUCCUUAUAGUUAAAGGAAUAUGAAGGAAACGGUUCUUUGUAAACACUGCCAGGUAAAUAAUUAGAAAUAUAAAUAAAAUAAAAUACAGCCCACUCUAUAAACACACUAGUACAUUAUAGGUACGCGUCCACAGGCCGGUCGUACGCAUCGCACGCAUUUCGUAUGACGUCAUCAGUACGCAUCGCACGUAAGUAUCGCUGAUGACGUCAUCAGCACGCUACGCAUCGCAUGUAGGUAUUGCUGAUGACGUCAUACGAAAUCCGUGCGAUGCGUGCGAUGCGGACAUGUGGACGCUUACCUUAAAGCUACUUAAUUCUGUCAAAUUCCUUUAUUCGAUUUUCAAAUCUUGUCCUUUAAAAAAAAUGUUGGAAAUCGAUAUUUGAAUGUUGCGGGUAGCUGGUACUAUGUUGCCUUCCCUACUUACUUACUACUGAUUAAAUUUUCAUUUCUAGCAACACCUAUAAAAUACAGAUUAUGUAAAUAAGAACAAUUUGUAACGUUUUCGUUUCGUUCGUUUUUUUUUUCUAUAGCAUCACGGUUGUGUAUUAAAUCAUUUGUAUAUAAAUGCAUGUGUGAAGGAAAAUAAAGGAAUUUUAUGGGGUCAUUUGAUUUUUGACUAAUAUUCUAACUUAGUAGAAUCUGAAAAAUUAUUUCAUUGGAAAGUCGACUUUAUAUCGAACAUAAUAAAGUUGAAAAUCGUUGUUGAUAAACUGGUGUUAGUACAUUAUAUACCUACUGGAGUAUCAGUAUGAAUAUGAAUAGUUCCAUCAGAGAAUGCUAUCAAGCUAUCAAAUAUAGCUUUUAUAGACGAUUUUCAACCUUUUCACUGUGUGUUAAAGUCGAGAAUGGAAGGAAUUGACGGAUAUUUUUCUAGAACCGUUCCAAUAAUUAGAUUUUAAUCAUUGUCAAUUUAAAAUCAAUCUUAUAUUAGUCCAAAAAUACGAAUGGUCCCAUAAAGUUACUUUAUUUUAAAAACUAUCGAAUCAGUCAAUAAAUAAAAUUGUAAGCGGUAUUUUAACUCUUUGGGUGUUAAAUUAAUAGUAUUUAAACGUUUCCAAUCUAAAUACGAUAUUAUACAUAUAGGGAUUAGAGUUCAAUUCAUAUUAGCACAGUCGAAGCGCUUAGAAACCUUAUUCAGAAAUAUCGAAGCAAACCUUAUCUCCUCGGAAUAAAGCUCAUUUUACUUCAGCAACGGUAGACGUGCGAACCAACGAGUACCUAUGUGCGAAGCGUCGAUCGAGCGUCAUGUUUUUAUCUCCAAAGGAAAAUGUGCAUUAUGAAAAAGGAGUUAAAGGUGAAUUUGUUACGACGAUAGUUCUGAAUGAUGUUUUGAAAGCGUUAUUAUGAAUUAACUCAAAAUAUUGCACUGCAUCUGUGAAUGUGCUUCGACAGGGAAGUCUGUCUUCCAACAUUUUGCCUACUUUGUAAUCUAAUUUCAUAAUUCAUUCAAGAGUUAAAAGACUGUUAUAAAAUGGAGGAAAUUUUGACAGUUUGGGAAGAUAGGAAAAUAGUAUUGCUGUAUUAUCUUGAAUUAAAAAAUAAUUGAAGUAUACGGUAGACUCUCGCGCGAUUACGCGCGUCAUCGCGCGUACGCUGCUCGUAAAUAUGAGUCCCGACGUGAUUUGAAAUUAGUAGAGCUCUUUUACUAUAGUUCACGUGAAUCGACAGUAUAUUUCAAUCCAUGGUGAUCACCGGUGACCGACGUUAGCGGAGGAUUUGUCUUCAACAGUUUUCUAUUGGCAGUCAAAGACUUCUCCAAUGACUUUCCAAACUUUCAAAAUGUACUUCAACAAUGAAUUAUUUUGUCAGAAAUCUGAUUUUGUAUGUUAUUUUAGCCUGUAUGACAAGGAUAGAACAAUUUAGUUUCUCUGUUUUAUUUUUCGAAAAUUAUGUUUUUCAAAUCGAUCGUUCCUAUUCUGUAGAAGUGAAUUGUGGAAAUGUCUUAAGAAACUUUGAUUUUUUUUUGCAAUAAAAGUCGUAGAUGUAAGCUGUUUAGUGAUUUACGCGUGUUUAAUAUUAUUAUGAUAAAUUAAUAAUAUAAAUUAAUUAAUAUUUGCGAUCUCCAGUGAUAUAGAAAGAUCGUAUUUCAUUUUGUUUCGUGUCUUAAGCUUAGUGUCGAAGACAUGCUUUUUUACGAAUGCAUGCAACCUACAAAUGAUGAUAAUGACGAAUGCUUGCAUCUUUACGCACUACGAUUGAAAUAUGUAGUCCAACUGUACCCUUAGUAUGAGUUUGCUUUACGUUGAAUGAAAACGAAACAAUAGUGCGUGUUUAGCGCUCUGAUUGGCUGGUGCGAAUGAACGAACCAAUCAGAGCGCCUAACGCGCUCUCGUUUUGAUUUUGUUAUACGUAAAACAAACUUCUACAGUACAGCUAAACUGCACUGUUAAAUCGUAUAGUGUGUAGCGUGUAUUGGUAACAAAGAAGUCCAAGCGGCAACGUUGCGUCACUCACCCUGCAUACAAAUCCCUCAAACGACAGUUGUAGGUUGCAUGCAUUCGUCAAAUGUCGCAUCGUAGACAAUAAGCCUGAGUGAAGUAAAUCGUCACAAAAUUUCAGUCCGACUUUCAACAGUUCAUUUCUACAGAAAAAUCAAAGUGGGUGCAAGAAUUACUUGAAUUUAAUCUUAGGAUCUAUUUAAGAGCAUAAGGGAACGUCUGUCAAUAACCUAGGUCAAUGGUUUGUAGCAUAAUAUUAGUCUAAAAUAUUCCCUACAAACAAUUUCGGUCACUCAAGAUUUUUAAUAUAGUCUUGACAAUAGUGGCUUGAUGAUGAGCAAUAAUUAACUUUAAGAUGAACAUACGUGGGUGUAUUUUCGAUUACGAUCGCUGUCCCGAAACUUAAACCCUUAUGCUAUAAACCUGUGACCGUAGUACUUUUUCACAUUAUCUAGUUACUGGGACAGUUUUGGAAGAAUGAACAUAAGGUUACAGAUCAAGUUAAAAAAACCAGUAUAAAUUGACCCUUGGAUGUGUGGAAAGAUCUUAUAAUGCGAGGCCAUAAUAACCUGGUUUUGUCAAGCUCGAUGUGUAGGCAUUAUGUACGUGAAUUAAAGCCGGAAUAAGUAAUCGACCUUAAUCCAAAAUCUUUAGAACGAUCAGUACCCCUAGUAUGAGUUUGCUUUACGUUUAACGAAACGAGUGCGCGUUCGGCGCUUUGAUUGGCCGACUCGAAUAAAUCAACCAAUCAGAACGCCCAACGCGCUCUCGUAAAGCAAACUCGUACUAAGGGUACUGAUAUUUUGUCAGAACUUGUAAAAACUGUUCCUUAUUCAAAGAUUUCGGAUUGAGAUCUUUUAUUCAUUUCGACUAAUGGCUUUGGCUAUAAACUUCACCGCUAAGUACUGGGGCCUUAGUCUGCUAUUACAAUUGUGUCACAAUGGUCGAUCAUUGAGCAGUGCAAGAGGGAUGGAGCUAUACAACCCACAUAGCUCCGUCCCUCUUGCACUGCUCAGUGAAUGACCAUUCUGACACAAUUGUAAUAACAAAGGCCCCUGGACACCGGUUUCCCGGCAACCGGAGUAUGUGAAAUAGUCCUUAAGGCUCUUUAAAUAAGUAUUACCUACAUAUGUUUCACAGCACGUCCAUACUAGUUUGUGUAGAAUGAAAUCAAUAUGGAAAAUGUACUCCUAAUUUUUAAUAUGACGACAAUUCAAUACUUAAUAUGAGAAUAAAAAAGUUUGGACGGCAAUUUUCGGUAAUUAUAUCAGAUAAUUCUAAUCUA